AAAAAACAACCUUUUUUUGGAACAGGGAUUAGAUUUUUUUUUUUAAGAAAUGAAGAGUGUAUAAAACACAUAAAGACAGACAUUAAUUUUGAAGGUGCUUAACAAAUAUUUUUUUUAAAGUUAUCAACUUUUGAAAGAAAACAGCAACAUUAUUAUUAUCGAUAAUAAAUUAAAACCUGGAGUUCAUUUUUCAGAGCCUGUCCUUCAGUGCCCUCUGUCGGUGACGCAGCUCACGCACACCAACGUGAAGGAAUUUCCGCUGACGUCAGUGCGUCAGUCCAUAACAAGGCUGCAGCUGUCUGAGAGCAACAAUAACAAGCUGUACCGAACUCUUUCACGGAGAUUUACCGGGCUGACAGCGAACACAACCACCGAUGAUCCCACCAUGAACCGGAGCCUCUGAGCGCGGGAAAGCCCGGACAUCCACCUGGCACAAACCCGGGAACCCGCCGACACCGACUCACUCCGAGGCCCGGGCUGCAUCUGGGUCAGUGGGCCUGUCUGUCCCGAUCCCCCGCCGUGUCCUCCUGUUACUCUCACAUCUGGAGCCACCGUGACCCGGGACAAUGCAGGCUAACGGAGACAGAGACCAAGACACCGAGCGGGCCUGUAGGAACGGAGCUCAGAACGGAGAGACCGAGUCCGAGUCCUCCUCCUCUAACGGGCUGCUGUCCACCUCCAACAACAGCAACUCCGUCAACAACUCCGUCAGCAACAACAACAACAACCACAACAACGUCCCGGUCCAGACCGGGUCCAACAGCGCCGGGAGUCCGGCGGAGGUCAGCCCGGGACUGAAGAAGAAGAAGAGGCUGUCCCAGACCGAGGAGGACGUGAUCCGGCUCAUAGGACAACACCUGCACGACCUGGGGCUCAAUCAGACGGUGGACCUCCUGAUGCAGGAGUCUGGCUGCAGGCUGGAGCAUCCUUCUGCUACCAAGUUUCGUAACCACGUCAUGGAGGGAGAGUGGGAUAAGGCUGAGAGUGACCUGAAUGAGCUGAAGGCAUUGAUGCACUCUCCGAGCGCCAUCGUGCGUAUGAAGUUCCUGCUGCUGCAGCAGAAGUACCUGGAGUAUCUGGAGGACGGGAAGGUUCUGGAAGCUCUGCAGGUCCUCCGAGCUGAACUCACCCCUCUGAAGUACAACACUGAGAGGAUCCACAUCCUUAGCGGGUACCUGAUGUGCAGUCAUGCAGAGGACUUGCGAGUGAAAGCAGAGUGGGAGGGAAAAGGCACGACGUCCCGAACCAAGCUGUUGGACCGGCUCCAGACGUACCUUCCUCCAUCAGUGAUGCUGCCUCCUCGCCGCCUGCAGACGCUGCUGAAGCAGGCGGUGGAGCUGCAGAGGGACCGCUGUCUCUACCACAACACCAAGCUGGAUGAAGGUCUGGACUCUGUGUCACUGCUGCUGGACCACGCCUGCAGCAGGAAACAGUUCCCGUGUUACACCCAGCAGAUCCUCACUGAACACUGUAACGAGGUCUGGUUCUGUAAGUUCUCCAACGAUGGGACCAAGCUUGCCACAGGCUCCAAAGACACCACAGUGAUCGUGUGGCACGUGGACACAGAGACCCAGCAGUUGAAGCUGAUGAAGACUCUGGAGGGUCACGCCUACGGGGUUUCCUACCUGGCGUGGAGUCCCGAUGAUGCCUACCUGAUCGCCUGUGGUCCUGAUGACUGCUCUGAGCUGUGGCUGUGGAACGUACAGACGGGGGAGCUGCGUACGAAGAUGAGUCAGUCUCAUGAAGACAGUCUGACCAGCGUGGCGUGGAACCCCGAUGGUAAACGCUUCGUCACCGGAGGACAGCGAGGACAGUUCUACCAGUGUGACCUGGACGGGAACCUGCUGGACUCAUGGGAGGGCGUUCGAGUGCAAUGUCUGUGGUGUCUCAGCGACGGCCGGACCGUCCUGGCAUCAGACACUCACCAGCGCAUCCGAGGGUACAACUUUGAGGACCUGACGGACAGAAACAUCGUCCAGGAGGAUCAUCCUAUCAUGUCGUUCACCGUCUCUAAAAACGGGCGUUUAGCUCUUCUCAACGUGGCCACUCAGGGAGUUCAUCUGUGGGACCUGCAGGACCGGGUGUUGGUGAGGAAGUAUCAGGGAGUGACCCAGGGCUUCUACACCAUCCACUCCUGCUUCGGAGGACACAACGAGGACUUCAUCGCCAGCGGCAGUGAAGACCACAAAGUCUACAUCUGGCACCGACGCAGCGAGCUGCCCAUCGCCGAGCUGACCGGCCACACUCGAACCGUCAACUGUGUGAGCUGGAACCCCGUAUUUCCUGGACUGCUGGCCAGCGCCUCUGAUGACGGUACUGUCCGGAUCUGGGGGCCUGCCCCCUUUCUAGACGUCCAGGAUGCAGAAGGGCUCAAUGAAUGUUGCAGCAUGGACAGCUGAUGACCCGUUGUACCUGAGGAGCUUUGAGACUCUAUAAAUACUUGAAACGAUGCAGCGGGGAAGUUCUGGUGAUUGGACAGCUGCUUCCUGGAGGCUGGGCCUGUGGUGCUGCCUGUGCGGCCAGGUGAAGCUGGGCUCCACCUCCAGAGUCUGACCCACCUCUCCUCCUGUGUGGACCCCCUCCUGGACCCCCCUCCUCUUAUUUAUUAUCAUUUAUUGAUGAGUAGUUCACUGACCGUGGGAUAUGUGAUGGCCUCUGUGAACCUCUGAAGGAGCAUUAAUGGAUGUAAACCAACCAUGAAGAGUGACCUUGUCCUUUUUUAGAUGCAGAAUCAGAGUUUUAGUCUUUUUUCUCCUGCACAGAGACCGAUGAUGAUUCAUCAGCAUGUUGGACAGGACGGUGCAUUCGGUGGCUCUCUCACGUUUGUUCCUUGCUCUGCAGUGUGAUGCAUGGCCGGCUGAGCGUGUACAGCAGCUCAUGAUAUUCUAAGGAUCACCUGUCCGCCCUCACCUGGGCCCACCUGGCUGUUUUUCCUUCCUGCUGUCACCUCUUCAACGCCUCUUUAUUUUUCCUCUACGCUCUGACGGCAGACUACAUAUUUACUUUGGUUUAGCUGUUACACGUUCAGAUUUUUAUUUAUCAUGUUUGUUUUUAUUUUACUUUGACUUUUGCUGUUACACUCCCUGAUAAGGUUGUCACAAUGUCUGACACUUUAAUACUUUUGAUACCAUGUCCUUUCAAAACAAUAGAACCCGUUAUUUAAGGGCCCGCCCACUCAAGUCCCAGUACCCCUGUACUGUGCCAAAGCAAGAUUGCCCCCCAACCCCUUGGUGUUAAAACUAAAGAUGGUUUUACAUGAGAAACCCGAGCCUGGAUCCAACUACAUUUGAACACAAAGUCUGGUUCCACUCGGUCAGUGGGAACACUUUACUGGAGCACCAUGCUCGGUCUGGUUCAAGAGUUGGUCUAAGGUCAUUUUCACACCUGAUAGUCCGGGGUACUCGGUCCGUUUUGGAACAGAAAUAGCAACAUUGUUGCACUUUUCUUUGGUUUGGUUUGCAUUCACACAGCUCUCUUGGUCAAGCGGACUAAACCGUCUGAACACCUACAACCUCUGCCCACUAGGGGUGCUGUUGCCACAAACAAACGGCGACUAGGAAGAAGAGAAGGCGUAGAAGAAGACAAAACUCCCGCUGCCAGGCUUUUUUCCACAUAAAUAAUGAAAAAAACACAGAAUUUACACUGUCAUUUACACUGGUUUCUUCUCUUGCAUUGAGGCAUUAUGAGCAGCCAGCAAGGUGGUGAGCUGUCCAGCAUGUUGUCUUUUACAUGAGUCGAAUAAAUCAGCACUGACUACAGCGUGUUGCCAUAGCUAAACAGACGCUUAAGCGAGGUACCGACAUAUAUUUUAGCGUAUCAAAUCACAUAUAAAUCCGUAUAUCAUUACGCUUUAUGCCACUUCCUGCCUUUGGUUCACAAGUUGGUCCGCUUUGCUUU